AUGAUUGCUAUCAACCUCGUACGCAGCGGCACUCGGCCCAUGUUGGCUCUGGCGCGAAUAUCGGGCUUUCCAAACCACCCGAGGUCUAUCGAUGCUUAUUAUCCCCAUUACGCGGACUUCCGCACACCCCGUCUCUUUUCACGCGAAACCGACCCAUCCAAUGGCCCUCUAUACAUGACAGCCGCCCCUUCUGGCCUAUUUUCACAAUCCUUUAUGGUCCGGCUCGCUGUCCCCUCCGCUACCACCAGCCAGACCGUGCUCCUCGGCAUCCUCCUCGCCCUCACGGUCCUCUUCUCCCUGCGCCAGUGGCUGCUCCCGCGGGCGCUGCCCGGAAUUCCCUACAACGCCGCCGCCACGCGCUCCCUCCUCGGCGACAUCAUGGCGCUCCAGCAGGAGCUGCCGUCCAACAUGUCCGAGUGGGUGGUCCGCCAGGGCGCGCGGCACGGGGCCCCCGUGUACCAGGUCUUUCUCGUGCCGUUUGCGCGGCCCUUUGUCGUCGUGUCCGACUUCCGCGAGGCGCAGGACAUCCUCGUGCGGCGCGCGCACGAGUUCGACCGCUCCGACCUGGCCGUCGCCCUGCUGCGCGGCGAGAUGCCGCGCUUCCACGCCUGCCUCAAGACGGGCCCUGCCUGGGCCGCGCACCGCCGCCUGCUGCAGGACGUCAUGUCCCCGGAGUUCCUGCACGGCGUGGCCGCCCCCAAUAUGUACGCCGGCGCGCGCCGCCUGCUCGACCUGUGGCGCCUCAAGACGAGCGUGGCCGGCGAGGGCAGACCGUUUGCGGCGGCCGCGGAUCUGAGCUUCGCGACGCUGGACGCGCUGUAUGACUUUGCGUACGGGGACGGCGCCGAGGAGCGCGCGCUCGUGGAGCAGCUGGCCCUGUUGGAGGGGCUGAGCGAGGAGGCGCGCGAGGGGCUCCGCGAGAGGGCUGGCGAGGAGGCCGUGGCGUUUCCGUGUGCGCCGCUGGCGCCGGCUAUGGAGGCGCUGCUGCGCACGACGGAGAAUAUCCCGGCGGUCGCGGUGACGGGGUUCCCGGAUAUCGCGUGGCGCGUGCUGGCGUGGUUCCCACGCGUACGGAGGCUGCGCAGGCUCAAGGACCGGUUCAUCAAGGAGCAGGUGGAAAAAGCGGUGGCGCGACUGGACAAGGCUGCUGCCGCGGGUGAGGACCAGGACGGCGUCGGCGGCUUCUCCAAGCUCAAGUGCGCGCUGGACCUAAUUUUACAGCGUGAGCGGACCUUGGCAGAGAAGGAUCACCGCGAGCCCGUCUACUGGUCCGACGCCAUCAAGGAUGAAAUGUUCGGCUUCAUCACCGGCGGCCACGAGACGUCGGCCAACGUGCUCGCGUGGGGGGUCAAGUUCCUCGCGGACCACGCGGAGCACCAGGCCGCGCUGCGGACGUGCCUGCGCGGCGCGCACCCGGCGGCCGUCGCGGGGGCGCGCUUCCCCACGCAUGCUGAGAUCACGCACGCGCGCGCGCCGCUCCUCGUCGCCACCAUUGAGGAGAUCCUGCGGCUCGCUCACGCCACGGCCAUGACGGACCGGCAGGCCACGGCCGACACGGUGGUGCUCGGGCACGCCAUCCCGCGCGGCACCACGGUGGUGCUCGUCAACAAGGGGCCGGGGUACACGGCGCCGAACCUGCCCAUUGCGGAGGCGCUGCGGAGCGCGAGCGCGCAAAAAGCGCUGGCGGAGCGCCCGGACGCGGGCUGCUACAGGCUGCGUGCGGAGGAGGAGGAGGAGCAGGGGAUGGGCAGGUUUGACCCGACGAGGUGGCUGGAUGCCGACGGCGAGUUUGACCCGGCGGCGUACCCGACGAUCCCGUUUGGGCUCGGCCCGCGCGGGUGCUUUGGGAGGCGCAUGGUGUAUGUCCAGUUCAAGCAGCUGCUGACGCUGCUGGUGUGGCAGUUUGAGUUUCUGCCGUGCCCGUCGGGGCUGUCGAGCUACGAGGCCGUGCAGGUCUUGACGAACAAGCCGCGGCAGUGCUACGUCGCGCUCCGGGAGCUGUAG